GAUGCAAGCCGCUCGAGCUUACAUUAUGCACUUUAUAGGGGGUAUACUCAUGCCGGAUGCAAACGGCAGUGUGGUUCACUUGAUGUACUUACCCCUAUUAUCCAAUUUGCAUAACACCCGUUCAUACAGUUGGGGGUCCGCAGUGUUAGCCAUGCUGUAUCGCGAACUUUGUCGGACGACAGAUUCUUCUACAAUGGACAUAGGCAAAUGCCUUAUACUGCUGUAGUCGUGGGCACUUUACCGGAUGCCAUUCUUGGCAUCCAUUAGUCAUCAAUCAUAUAUAUUUCCACUCAUUAAUAGAUGGAGCACUAAUUUGGGUAUCAGGAGGUCAUACACGGUUUCGAUAUACCAUUUGAUAAUUGAGAAUCAUGCUGGAGAGGGGUUCGUUUGGAUGUCGUAUUCUGUUCCAAAAAUUAUGACGGUUAUUCCCUCAUCUGCCCACGUCCACUCAAACCUAUGGUGCAUUAGCACACCUGUUAUCAAUUUUCAUAUAGUGGAAUGGUAUCAUGGCGAUCGAGUACUCCGACAGUUCGGUUGCAUACAGUAUAUCACGACAUUGCCAGUACAAUUGGAGGAUAUCCAUGGGAUGAGCAGGAGGAGGGCGUAUGGAAAUGAUUGGGGAGAAUUGCAUGAAGAAUAUAUUAUGAUGUGGAACAACCGAUUAGGGAGGGUACCUCAGAUGGAUCAUGCUUUGGAUCUGCAGCCCUUGUUAGAGUACAUAUAGUGGUAUUGUGAGAUAGGGAAACCAUUUUUAUUUGGUGAGCGGUCGAUGGUAGUCCCUCCGCAUACGACACGAAUUGGGCAACCGUUUUCAGAUUCGCAUCAUGCACCAGAGCCAGAGCCGGAACUACACUCUGGAGAUAAUUCUUAUCAUCCAGAUUUGGGGGGCAAUGACUAUCUCCUAGGCUCGUCAGGCCACGGAUAUCAUUUAGAGUUUGAUAUCUUCAGCCCACUACCACAUAAGUACUCUAGUCAUCCUGGCUCGUAUCCACCUCAGUACUCUGCUCUUUCCAGCCUGUAUCCACCGCCGUACUUCACUCCUCCCGGCCCGUAUCAAUUGUUGUACUCCACUCCUCUCGGCUCAAGUUCAUCGAUGGCGUUUGAGACAUAUAAUUUUUCAUCUAUGUUUCCAAUACCCCCAUAUACGGAUGAAUAGAAUGUUGAUCACCGUAAUCACCCGCAACGUGAACGUCGAGCUUCACAAAAAUAUACCCCUAGAACGACACCAUCAAACCAUCAAUUUUAGGGGGUUUUGUAAUAUAAAUAACUUCAUAUUUAUUUAUGUAAUAAUUUUUUAGCAUUUUAAUUAACAAUUAAAAUUUUUUUUUUGCAAUUUAAA